UAGUUUUCCCUUUUAUGUGUUCUUGAGGUUAUUGAAAAUUCCAAGCGCCCAAAGUCACAGACUGCCAAACUUGCGCAACACGCGAAUUGCUAGAGGAGGUGGGCAGGUUAGUAAUCCUCAACCACUUGCUCACCACAUAAAAGCCACAACCCUUCCCGGUAAUUUCAGUCUCUCUACGACGGUUGGCACAAGGAAAAAAAAUGGAGACGUAGUAUAGAAAAAGCAAAACGCAGCCCGCGAAAAGAAAGUGCGAAAAUUGUCGAAUACGCGAAUAAGGAGCUGUGUGCAGUACUGAUUCAGCUCUGUUUCUAUUUGAUUUCCGAGGUUAUAAAUGUUUCUAUAGACCCCGAAGCAAAACUAGACGGGAAAUUAAUUUCGAAACAGGGUGUUUCCGAAUCUCCAAAAUUGAUCGUUCAAGAUUGGUGGCGGCUAAUCGUCGUUAUUGUGGAGAAAAUUGCAGAGUUCGAGUGGUGCGGUUGGCAGAAUUCCAUGGAGGAAGACGAGGAUAGGGUUUUGCUUAGUAGUUUGGGGAUCACGUCUGCGAAUCCUGAAGAAAUUGAACGUAACAUAUUAUCCGAGGCAAGAAAUAAUGCGGGGAAUAGUAGUGAAGGUGGAGCAGACACUGAGGAGGAAUCUCUUGAUAGGUCAGAAAGCACAGAUCCAUCGUCUGCUAGUCAUGCAAAACUCUAUAAUAAGUUGAGGGCUGUGGAAUUUGAAAUAGAUGCUGUUGCAUCUUCUGUCGAACAAGCAAGAAAUAUUACAAGCAAUGAAGACCACACUUGUGAUGGUAAUGAAAAUGGGGAGCAAGCGGAUAGAGAGGAUGGCUAUCAGGGUUCCCCUAAUAGUUUAAACCUUCAGCAUGCCCUGGCUGCUGAUCGGCUUAGAAGUCUGAAGAAAACAAGGGCUCAAAUUGAGAAGGACCUUUCAGACUUGUGCAAGAACAAACCUACAAAAGAUAUUGAGAAUGAUAAGUUGAUAUUAGAUAUCGUCAAGGAGGAGUCAAGACCAAAGAGGAAGUCGAAAGAAGUUCAGAAAUCUAGCAAGAAGUUAAAGAAGCGAUUCAAAGCAGUCUCGUUUGAUGAGGAUGGUGAUUUCGAUGCAGUGUUGGAUGCUGCUUCUACUGGCUUUGUUGAAACAGAAAGGGAUGAAUUGGUUCGGAAAGGAAUUUUAACUCCUUUUCAUAAGCUGAAGGGCUUUGAGCGUCGUCUUCAGGAAUCAAGUUCAUCUCAGAGUUCCAAUUUACAUGGAGAGGAAGACAGAAAUUAUGAUUUUGCUUCAGCCAGUGUUGAUAGGACAGCCCAGUUAAUAGAAGAGGCUGCAAAAGCUCGCCGAACAAUAAAGCUGCUGGAUUCAGACGCUGUGCCUGAACUUGAUGCACCCACUCGCCCUUUUCACAGGCUAAAAAAGCCUCUUAAGAUUCCUAGAUCCCUAGAGGAUGAGGCAGAGAGGAAAAAGAGUUCAAAAAGAAAAACCAAACGGCCAUUGCCUGACAAGAAGUGGAGAAAGCACAUUUCUACUGAGGAGAAUGAUUUGGAAGGAAAUAAAGAUAUAAGAGAAAAUUUUGAGCAUUCAGAUGGUGAAGAAGAAAGAAGGCAAGGGACUGUUGAGGAUGAAGAUGAUGAUGAACUUCCUCAUGUAAUCCUCGAAGGUGGACUGAAAAUUCCAAGUUACAUAUUUGACCAGCUUUUUGACUACCAGAAAGUAGGGGUACAGUGGCUAUGGGAAUUGCAUUGCCAAAAAGCAGGUGGAAUUAUUGGAGACGAGAUGGGUCUUGGCAAGACCAUCCAGGUCUUAUCUUUUCUCGGUGCAUUGCAUUUCAGUGGUUUGUAUAAACCAAGCAUUAUUGUCUGCCCAGUUACACUUUUGAGGCAGUGGAAAAGGGAGGUUCGGAAAUGGUAUCCAAGCUUUCAUGUUGAGUUACUUCAUGAUUCUGCACAGGAUCCUGACAAUAGGAAGAAGCGAUCCAAAUCUCAUGAAAGUGAUUAUGACAGUGAAAGUUCACUGGACAGUGAUUACGAGGAAGAAUUACCAUCUAAAAGCACCGACAAAUGGGCUUCUUUGAUAAUCCGUGUUUUGAGGUCAGAAUCUGGAUUGCUUAUAACCACAUAUGAGCAACUCCGUAUAUUAGGGGAAAAAUUACUUGACAUCGAAUGGGGUUAUGCAGUUUUGGAUGAAGGUCACCGUAUACGAAAUCCAAAUGCUGAAAUUACUCUAGUAUGUAAGCAGCUGCAGACAGUUCAUCGCAUAAUAAUGACAGGUGCACCAAUUCAGAAUAAGCUGACUGAACUGUGGUCUUUGUUCGAUUUCGUUUUCCCUGGAAAGUUGGGGGUUUUGCCUGUCUUUGAGGCUGAGUUUGCAGUUCCCAUAUCUGUAGGUGGUUAUGCAAAUGCUUCACCUUUGCAAGUAUCCACAGCAUACAGGUGUGCAGUGGUUCUGCAUGAUUUGAUCAUGCCAUAUCUUCUUAGGCGUAUGAAGGCUGAUGUGAAUGCCCAUCUUCCUAAGAAGACUGAACAUGUCCUUUUUUGCAGCCUCACUGCUGAGCAACGAUCUGUAUAUAGAGCAUUUCUUGCUAGUUCUGAGGUGGAACAGAUUUUUGAUGGCAAUAAGAAUUCUCUUUAUGGAAUUGAUGUGAUGCGCAAGAUCUGCAACCAUCCAGAUCUCCUUGAAAGGGAACACUCCUGUCAGAAUCCAGACUAUGGGAAUACCGAACGCAGUGGAAAAAUGAAAGUUGUUGCCCAAGUGCUCAAAGUAUGGAAGGAGCAAGGUCAUCGUGUUCUUCUUUUUACACAAACUCAACAAAUGCUUGACAUCUUAGAAAUUUUUUUGAUUUCUGGAGGUUAUAACUACCGGAGAAUGGAUGGCCUUACUCCCAUAAAGCAGAGAAUGGCCUUAAUAGACGAGUUUAACAACACAAAUGAUGUGUUUGUCUUCAUCCUAACAACAAAGGUUGGUGGUUUAGGGACCAAUCUGACGGGUGCAAACAGGGUGAUCAUUUUUGAUCCUGAUUGGAAUCCUUCAACUGACAUGCAGGCAAGAGAACGUGCUUGGCGUAUUGGUCAGAAGCGGGAUGUAACAGUUUACAGAUUGAUUACCCGGGGAACAAUAGAGGAGAAAGUGUAUCAUCGGCAGAUUUACAAACAUUUUCUCACCAAUAAGAUAUUAAAGAACCCACAACAGAGAAGGUUCUUUAAAGCUCGAGACAUGAAGGAUCUUUUUACUCUAAAUGAUGAUGGGGAGUCUCGGACUACUGAAACAUCUAAUAUAUUCGGCCAUUUAUCUGAAGAUGCCAAUGUUGUUGGGGUUCAGAAGGAUGAGCAGGCUAAUCAAGGGCAUCUCAGAGUGGCCAUGCCAUCUGCUGAUGGAGCUAUGACUGACAAAAGAAACAAUUUAGACACCGGAUCUUUCAGAAGAAAAGGAAAAGAAAAAACCGAUGAUAGUAAUGGUGAGGUAGAUGAGGAAACAAAUAUCUUGAGAAGUCUUUUUGAUGCUCAUGGGAUACAUAGUGCAAUGAACCACGAUGUAAUCAUGAAUGCCCAUGAUGAAGAAAAGAUCAGGCUCGAGGAGCAGGCUUCUCGAGUUGCUCAAAGAGCAGCAGAAGCGUUGCGCCAAUCACGAAUGCUACGGAGGCGUGAAAGUAUAUCUACACCAACAUGGACUGGGAAAUCAGGAGCUGCUGGUGCACCAUCGGCAGUUCGCCGGAAAUUCGGAUCAACUGUCAAUACCCAGUUGGUGAAUGGUUCCAAUAAUGGAACAAUUGCAGCUGGUGCGUUAGCUGGGAAGACAUUAUCUUCAGCUGAAUUACUGGCAAGAAUCCGAGGAAACCAAGAAAAAGCCGCAGAUGCUGGAAUGGAGCAUCAGUUAUUGACGACUCCAAGUGCUAACAGAGGAAAAUCUGUCGAAGCUGGUCCCUCUAGAUCAUCUCACAAGUUAGGUGGAGUGCAGCCUGAAGUAUUGAUUCGUCAAAUAUGUACAUUUAUACAGCAAAGAGGUGGAAGCACCAAUUCUGCCAGCAUAGUGCAACAUUUUAAAGACAGAAUACCUACAGAGGAUCUAGCCUUGUUUAAGAAUCUUUUGAAGGAAAUAGCAGUAUUGGAGAAAAGCCCAAAUGGAUCGGUUUGGGUUCUAAAGCCAGAGUAUCAAAAUUAACCCACAAAUCUCUGAUUUUGUCCAUUGACGGUUCUGAUUGCUUGGAAUGUGCUUUCCUUUUCAGGUUGUCAUAUAACUGUCACGUUUUUUUGAAUUAAUGCUUUUCCCAUGUCGAAGGUGACGGGAUGGAAAAGUACUUAAAUCACAUGGUUCUUCUGCCACCGUUUUGAUUUAAACCACAGGAUCUGUACAGCGUAAAAUUUGUAUUUUUUUUUUUUUUUUGGAAAAAAAAAAAAAGAUUGUGUAAGAAACAAAUUUCCUAUUCUUUUUGACAGUAAAUCAGUGGGCCUGAAAAGAAAAUCCAAAAUUUAAAUUCUCAAUCAGUUUCAUGUAA